AUGGCACGCAAGGGCUCUGGCAAGAAGCCCAGGUCUACUAGGGACGUCUCUAAAGGAGUAAUACGGAAACAUCAAAAAAUAAGGACCAAGCUCAAAGUUGAGCAGGCUAACAAAGAAUCAUUUCUCAUAUCGGAGCUCAACGAGAGGGAGCAUAAUACCAAGAGAACGCCUGCGCUAGAAUCGCUCAAGGUUAGCGAUCUCAUCGAGGAUCGGGAAAAGGACAAGAGCAUGCAGAAGAAAAUGGAAGAGCAGAAACAAAGCACAGAUAAUAACAUUAUUGAACAGCUUGAAUUGAUUUCGGGGUUUUCGCUGUGA